UCUACCCUGUGUAGAGUAAACACCGCAUCACGUGGCUCCGGAGAAGGCGGUUUCUCGAGUUUAGAGCCCACUCUGAUGUGCCGCCCUUGGCCGCUGUGCGCUGCUUCAGUCUGGAUAGUAACACUUCACCGCCGCAGCAAUGUUUCAGAGGCUUGUAUGUGGCUUGCAUACUACAUCCCGCCUGGCGACUAACCGAGUUUCAGCGGCUUCCCUCAAACGAAUAUCCUGCGCCCACAUAAUCGUGCCGCGGCCUCCUUAUCUCCUUUCUACGGCACCGCCGACCUACAGCUUGCAAACGAGACUAUCCGGCUCAACCAACAGGGGCCAAGAGAUAAGGAGCCCGGGCAAUGCCGAGGAUAAGCCUGAAGGAAGUCCGGAUAUGAAUGGGAAACCAAGCAAGGCCCAACAGCUGAAGACAGUUUUCAAGGAAUAUGGAGCAGUAGGGGUUACUUUUCAUAUUGGAAUCUCUUUGCUGUCUCUCGGGAUGUUUUACGUGGCUCUGUCAAGUGGCAUUGACAUGACGUCUCUUCUGUUUAAGAUUGGCUUCAGUGAGAGUGUGGUCCAGUCCAAGAUGGCUGCAGGCACCAGUACAUUUGUGCUGGCCUAUGCUAUUCACAAGAUGUUUGCCCCCGUGCGGAUUAGUAUCACUGUCGUCUCUGUGCCUUUAAUUGUGCGUUACUUCCGGAAAGUGGGCCUCUUCAAGCCUCCUGCCUCCAGCCAUUAAUGCAUCGUGGUCUAUUUGUGUACUCUAGCCAUAUGUAGUCAGCCCAUGGGCUCUUCAACCAGUCAGUUAAGUGAUGAAAUGUAAUUGAUAGGUAACUUAGAAUUCAGAUAAUAAUCACCUAUUUUAUUACAAACACCCUUUGACCAUCAGGGUAGCUCCUUGCUGAUGGGUAUUGUACUAUGGAGGGGCAGUGAAUAAUGUGUCUGGACCAGAAUAGUCCAAGAGUGUGGAUUUGUGUGAGCCGGGAUUGGAGCAGGUCGUCUUUAAGUGGGUGCAUAGCAAAGCUAGUAGAGCAAAUACAAUCAACUAAUAUCUAAAUGCCUUUAGAUACAAAACAUACUGGACCUUCUAUCUAAGAUACAGAAUAUUUUUCCUUUUAAUUGAUGUUAAUAUAAAUGGAAUUUGAAAAAUUUAAGGAAAUAACAUAUUUUUAUAAAUGUGUAUCUUUUUCAUUUAUUAUGCAAUUUAAGAAAGUUAACUUAAAUCAGGAGGACAGUCGAAUCUUCCUUCCAUUUGGUACUCAGGUGAAUGUCAUUGAAAGUUCAGUGCACAAAUAAAAAGGGUGAAAUGGUUUCA